UCUCGACUCUUGUACCCCUUACAAUCCCGAGUGAGUGUGUGAUCGCUUGCUUUCAUGCGUGAGUGUGAAAAUUGCUUUCCUUCAAGUGACUUCAGAUGAGAAUCUCAAGAGAGAAAAAAAGCUAUAUUUGAUAUUGCAUAGGACAACAAAAAAAAAAUAUAUAGAUUGUGCAAUCAAAACCAGUGCGUACUUCCUUGCCAUAGGCGGGGCAUGAGGAGUGUAUGCGGAAUCGUGCUCCAGGUGUGCGUCUUGUCCCAGGACCAUACAGAAAGUUCACAUGGAGUUUCUGAAAUGGCUCUAUACAUCAACACGCGCACAGAACUGGACCGCAUGUAGCCUAGUGCCACAGACAACAUCAAAGACAGCCAGUGUUGUGUCUGGGAAUCAAGACUUUAGUUAACCGGAGACACGGCAUUAUACGCACUCAGCUCCUGCUGAUCACCAGAAUGUUCAGGAGGAGAGGAGAUGUUCUCGUGGUUGUAGGUAACAGGCAGUAGCAGUGGAGAUGGUCUCCUGGAUCACCUUCCUGGUGACAUGCAUAUGGAUACAGACCCUCAAAGCCUCAGGACUGGACACCUGUCCCAGGACCCCUCGCAAGGAGGUGGAUUUCACCUUUAACUACUCAAUAGCCCACUUCCAGACAGCCAAACCCAUCCAGAACAUAGUGGUCAACCUGUACAUGCCUGAGGUUUAUGUGGCUUCUCAGAAUGUGAUUGAGGCAGUGAGUGGAGAGCUCAGUAAGUUAUGGGAGCUGAGGACAGGCCCAGUGGGCAGCCCGGAGUGUCAGACCUGUGGCCUGUGUGACAUCGAGGCCGAUCUUGAGGACUCAGUAGACACGGACAAUGAGGUCUUGCUCUUGGACCCAUCACCUUAUCUUAACUCUCUGUACUCCUGUGGGAGCUCUCAGCAUGGGGUCUGUCACUUACAUGAACUUAGCUCUAAUGAUACCCCACCUAAAUCUGAAUGUCUCUUCAGGAAGGAUGCUAACUCUCCGUCCCUUUGCCCUGACUGCCUGGCCAGCCCGCUGGGCACUGAGGUCAUCAUCGUGGAGCAAGGCUACACAGCCUACUUCUUUGUAGCYGCUACACUCAAUGAGAGUGUGGCACAGAGGUACGGCAGACCGUCCUUAUCGGUGCGCCGGCCACUGUCGACCCUGGAUGGCUUUGAGAUGGUCAUGCAGGGUCUGACUGUGCUCCCUAAACUACAGAACUCCUACCAGAUCGACUACAUCUACAGCUUCUCCACACAGGACUAUGUCUACUUCCUGUCUGUCCAGAGYGAGAACUUCCUGGACUCAUAUCAGACGCGGUUGGGCCGUCUCCCGGUGAAGGACACGGAAGCGUGGCUGUACCGUGAGGUGGUGCUGGAGUGUCGCUUCGAGCCCAAACGCAGGCGGAAGAGGGGGGGGGGACACAAAAUUUUCCAGGACGUGGUAUAUAACGGGCUGCAGGCGGCCCACUUCAGCCGGGCAGGGAAGGAGCUGGCAGAGGAGCUGGGGGUGGGGGAGAAGGAUGACAUCCUCUAUGGAGUGUUUGCAGUGACAGAUGGCUCUGGGAGGCCCUACAGUAACUCAGCCAUGUGUGCCUUCCCCAUGCCCUACGUGAACAGGGCCAUCGACCGGGGAGCGGAGGACUGUUGCAGGUCCAGCACAGAGCAGCUCUCCAGGGGGCUCUGCCACUUCCAGCUCUGCGAGAGCUGCCCUCAUGAGAGCUCUGACAACAACGCUACAUGCAUGGCCAAGUCCACCCUGGUGUCUAAGCCAUACUACAGGUUGGACCUCUUCAACAGGUACAUGAACAACAUCCUGCUCACCUCAGUACUGGUCACCAUCAUCGGGAACAACACUGUGGCACACAUUGGCACCAAGGACGGCAGGCUGUUGCAGCUCAUCCUGAAGAGGUCAAAUCCCAUCAUCUUUGCCAACUAUUCUCUGGGAGAGGACAAUGAGGUGUCCAGGAAAGCUGCUGUGCAAUCUAACGAGUCCUUGCUCUUUGUGGUUGGAAAUAAGAUGUUCAGUGUGUCUCCUAAAGGACCAGGAUGUAAACACUUCCUGACCUGCUCCACAUGUCUGAUGGCGCCCAGGUUCAUAGGGUGUGGCUGGUGUUCGGGGGUGUGCUCCAGGCAGGAGGAGUGCCUCAUACAGUGGAAGAGUGAGUCCUGUCCUCCCGUCAUCACAAAGUUUUUCCCAAAGACGGCUCCCCCUGAUGGUGAGACAGAGCUACGGCUGUGUGGCUGGGAGUUCCAGUCUCCUCUACGACCAGCCAUCAUCAGCGAGGAGACCCACCUGGUGCGAGUGGGAGCGACUCCCUGCACUGUGCUGUCAGAGAAGAGCAAUAGUACACAGCUGGUGUGUAGCAUUCACCCUAAGGUUCCGGGUCCAUCCCAGGAUCUCAACAUCACUGUGGCAGUGCAUGAGGGGAAGGUGGAGGGACGCUACUCAGUUGAAGGCCAGGCCCAAAUGAUAGGGUUCACUUUUGUGGAGCCAAGUAUCACAGCAAUCACUCCUGACUACGGGCCUCAAAUAGGGGGAACCAUGGUCACAGUGACAGGGCAUCACUUGAAUGCUGGGAUGAUAAAGACUGUGUCUAUAGGAGACCAGGACUGCCCCAUCAAGAGUGUCACUGAGGGUACUGGGACCAUGUCCUCCAUAGUCUGCCUGUCCAAAGGGUUGGCAGUGGUGAAGAAGGUGCCUGUCAGGGUUUUCAUUGACAAAUCCCAAGUGGCUACUACCAAGAUGUUUCACUACAAGAAGAACCCUGUGAUCACUGUGAUACAGCCAGUCUGCAGCUUCAGAAGUGGAUCCAAAAUCAUCAUCAAAGGCAGUAAUCUGGACUCUGCGUACAACACUGUGAUCCGCUACAAAUCCCACAACCCCUCACAGAAGCUUCUGCAGCGUGUCUGCAACGGCACAGCAACCCCCACACGUAUGGAGUGCUUCGCCCCGGUUUUCCCCAGGAAUGAGACCGACAAGGGCAUCAUCACUAUCAACAUGGACGGGGCCAACAAACUUGUGGUGAAGCGCUUCGAAUACCAACCAGACGCCAGCAUCACCCCCUUUGAGUACGAAGGCAACGUACUGAGCCUGAGCCCUGGACAGACUGAGGUUUCCCUGCAUCACAACAAGCUGAGCAUGGUGAGUCCCUGUAUGGAGAUUACAAUGAGCAUUGGAGGUGUGGACUGUGGUGUCCAAGUACUGGACAACGAACUGACCUGCAGGAUCCCCAAGAAUCUCAUCAUCCCCAGUGAAGGGUCACCUGUCAGGGUGUCUGUGAAUGGGCAUGCCUAUGAGGUGGGCACUGUGGUCUUCUUCAGCAACACUGUCAACACAGUGGGUGUGGUGAUGGGGAUCUUUGCUGCAUUGUGCGUUGGCGCUGCCCUGGCUUUCAUCGCCAUGAAACAUGUGAGGAGGAAAAAGAAAGAAAUUUCAGCCAAUGUAGAGACUCGUUUAGCAAGGAUGUCCGUCCGCAGAAGAAUAAGCAGCAACCCUGACCUAUCCCCCACAGGUGACUAUAGACGAGACCUGUCCUACCAGCCGAGCCAGACGACAGGCUCAGGAGGGAUAACCUUCCAUGGCCUGGUCUACACUGCCACCUUUGACCCCUUGGCCGUGCCUCUGAUCACAGUGGACACCCUGAAACCUGAGCUCCUGGAGGAGGUCAGAGACGUCCUGAUCCCAGCCGACACGGUCAACAUUCACCACAACCAGAUCAUUGGCAAAGGUAAUUUUGGGACUGUGUACCAUGGCUACCUAACAGACAACAAGAACCAACAGUUAAUCCACUGUGCUGUUAAAGCAUUGAACAGGAUCACGGCCCUGGAGGAGGUGGAGCAGUUCCUGAGAGAGGGCAUCCUGAUGAAGGAGUUCCACCACACCAACGUUCUGUCCCUGCUGGGCAUUCUUCUGCCUCAGGAGGGGCUCCCCCUGGUGGUGCUGCCCUAUAUGAAAUAUGGAGACCUGCGCCACUUUAUACGCUGUGAAAGGAGGAACCCAACAGUGAAAGACCUGAUUGGCUUUGGGCUGCAAGUUGCCAAAGGGAUGGAGUACCUGGCCCAGAAGAAGUUUGUACACAGAGACCUGGCAGCUAGGAAUUGCAUGCUUGAUGAAACGUUCACGGUGAAGGUGGCAGACUUCGGCAUGGCCAGAGAUGUGUUUGACAAGGAGUACUACAGCAUCCAGGACCACAAGAAGGCCAAGCUGCCAGUCAAGUGGAUGGCCAUAGAGAGCCUGCAGACACAGAAGUUCACCACUAAGUCAGACGUGUGGUCAUUUGGGGUCCUGAUGUGGGAGCUGUUGACCAGAGGAGCUAGCCCCUAUCCUGAAGUGGACCCCUAUGACAUCACUCAAUUCCUGUUGAAGGGGCGCAGGCUUCCCCAGCCACAGUUCUGCCCUGAUGCCCUGUACUCAAUCAUGCUGGAGUGCUGGGACCCGGAGCCGGAGCUCAGGCCUGAUUUCCACACGCUGGACCAGGAGGUGCUGGAGAUCUGGUCCUGCCUGGAGGGAGAGCACUACAUCAGCCUUAAGGUGACCUACGUCAACCUGGACCAGCCACGGCCCUACCCCGCCCUGACCACCUCCGCUGACGAGGCUGAAGCCUCUUCUGGAUCAGAGUCAGACAGCGUUAUGUCCAACUGACUGGACUCACCAGAACUGACUGGACCACACCAGAACUGACUGGACCAGACCAGAACUGACUGGACCAGACCAGAAGUGACCGGACCAGGACAGGGACAGUAGAGAGAGGUCAGAGGGCACGGAUGAAAGGCCUUUCCUAUCCACGCAGUAUGCAGAAAGAAUCUUGCAGUUCUGUGACUGAGACUGAGACAGAGACUGGAUUGGGAACGAAUAGAACAUUGACUAUUGACUAAAUUUGUAUGAGCAAUGUGUGAGCAAUUGUGUGAGCAUUGACACUGAARUUCAAUGGAGUUUCCCCCACCUUGUGAGUACACAAAUUAUGACUAUAUCAUAUUUUUGUGUACUUUUAAUGUUUUUUUMUUUUUUUUAAGGUAGGUUUUCAGUUGGAGAAAUUGUAUUUAUGGGACACCAAGUGAACCCUCUCCAUGUCUGAAGCACAGCCGUAAAUAUGAACAAAUGAAUGUAAAUGUCUGAAAUGUGGAUAUGUUAUGCUAAUUAAUGACCAUGAUUUAAGCUUGACAUUAAUAUGUUUAAUAGGAUGGAUA